ACUGGGCAAAUAAAGGAGAGAUGAGGAGCUCAUUUGUGCUCCUGGGAGUGUUGUCCUGUCUGGGCCAUUUGUGUCGCGGCUCAGAUUACUUCUCAUCCAUCACGGGACUGGAGGAGUUGCUGCAAACGGAGGACUUUCUCCUAAGGAACCUAAGGACUACUACAAAUGCAGUGAGGACAUCGCUGCAACAAUUGGAGAGCGAGUUGUCUUCCAUCGAGCAGGAGCAUGCUGUGGCCGCCAAGGAUACGGAAAACUACCUGACCAAUCCGGUGAAUGUUUACCGUCUGAUGAAGCGCCUACACACGGACUGGCCGCAUCUGGAGGGACGUGUCCAGCAAAUCGCUGACAGAAUUGAUUUCAACGUUACCCAGAAAGGGGAUGGCCUGAGUUUCCCCAGUCAAGAGGACGUGGAUGGGGCUGCCUUGGCUCUGGUCCGCCUGCAGAGCACCUACAAAUUGGAUGUGGCCCAAGUGGCCGCCGGCAUACUGAAUGGCAUCAAAUAUGGCUCCGACAUGAGCUGGCAGGACUGCUUCGUGCUGGGUCAACAACUCUUUGAAAUGGAGGACUACAACAACACCAAGGUGUGGCUGCGCGAGUCCAUGGAGCGGCUGGGACGACACAGUCACAGUCCUAGUCCCAGUGCCAGUGCCAGUGCCAGUGCCAGUCCCGCCUCAGCUUCCAUCCCCGACAGCGGAACCCUCAAUCGAAUGGAGGCGGUGGCCAAGAGUUUGUUCCAGUUGGGCGACUUUGACACCGCUUACGAGCUCAGCCAGCGGGUUCUCCAGUUCGAUCCGAAGCGCAUCCGUAACUGGCAUCUGGGCGACAAGGGAGCUGCGACGACCCCCGAGGAGGCGGAGGAUAUGGCUCUGCCCAGGCACUCAGAUUCCUACAGUCUCACGCAGGAGUUUGCCCACUACGAGAAGGUGUGCCGCGGUGAGGUGGGACCUUCUCCCCGCCAGGAGCGACCCCUUCGCUGUCGCUACUCGCAGGGCAGCCACCCCUACCGACGCCUGGCGCCCCUAAAGCUGGAGGAGCACAGCCUGGACCCUUUCGUGGUCACCUACCAUGACAUGCUCAGUCCGCGCAAAGUCUCCGACCUCCGCCUGAUGGCCGUUCCCCGGAUGCACCGCUCCACUGUGAAUCCCCUGCCCGGCGGCCAAAACAAAAAGUCCUCCUUCCGCGUCAGCAAGAACGCCUGGCUCGCCUACGACUCCCACCCGACGAUGGGUGGAAUGCUGUCAGACCUGAGCGACGCCACCGGCCUCGACAUGACCUUCUGCGAGCAGCUGCAGGUGGCCAACUACGGCGUUGGCGGCCACUACGAGCCGCACUGGGACUUCUUCCGGGACCCAAGCCACUAUCCCGCCGAGGAGGGCAACCGCAUGGCCACCGCCAUCUUUUACCUCUCCGAUGUGGAGCAGGGCGGAGCCACCGCGUUUCCAUUUCUCAACUUCGCCGUGAAGCCGCAGCUGGGGAACGUCCUCUUCUGGUACAAUGUGCACCGCUCCCUCGACGUGGACUAUCGCACCAAGCACGCCGGCUGCCCGGUCCUCAAGGGCAGCAAGUGGAUUGGCAACGUUUGGAUACACGAAGCGACACAGACCUUUGCGCGGCCCUGCGACGUGUUCCGGGAUCACGAGGUGUCGUUGGAGUACGAGAUUAUAAAAUAAAGCUACCAAAUAUAGUUACCAAA